AUGUCACUCACUAUAAACAUGGAUAAAACAAAAUACAUGCCAUUUACUUGCAAUGCUUGUUGUCUCCCUUCGUACAACCAACUAACCAUAGCGACACGUGGACACCACUACGCACUGGAAUCUGUUGCUGAAAUAAAAUACCUUGGUGUAUAUAUAGAUAAUCAUCUGAAAUGGGAAUACCAUAAAAAUUAUACUAUUAAAAAAUUACAGGGUAUUUUAUACAAAUUUAAAUACUUAAAAAAACAUCUACCUGUACAAAAUCUAAUAACAUUAUAUUACGCCUUGGUAGAAAGUCAUUUAAGAUAUGGCAUUGUUAUUUGGGGAAGUGCACUUAGGUGUCACUUGAAAGCAUUAGAAACAAUACAAAAAAGGUUUUUAAAAAUAAUUUUUUCGCGAGAUUUUCGUUAUCCUAGUAACCUAUUGUAUUCGGAAGGCAAAAUUCUGGAUCUUAGGCAACUAUACUUUUACUGUUCGGUUCAAAAAUACAAGUUCACCACGAAAGAACCUAAUCUACUAUUCCAUUAUUAUAAUACUCGGAACAGAAAUCUUCAUCAUCUUCCUCAGGUUGGUAAAUCACUUACUCAACGAUCCUUUGCUUACCUUGCACCUAAAAUGUACAACCAAUUGCCCGAAUCCAUUAAAAAUCUUAUUCACAAAUCUACAUUUAAAAUACAAAUUAAAAAUCUAUUGUUUAAUACUUCCCGUCAAAUAAUAAAUGAUUUAAUAGAAUCAAAAAUACUUACCGUAAAAUUGUAA